UCUCUCUUUCUCUUAAAAGUUUCGAGUUUUGAUUAAUUGGAACCAACCUCAGCAGUGUGGAAACCCUGGCGGAUCCACGGAUCGACACGAGGUCAUCGACGUUGCGGAGAUCCUGCGGUUUCCGAGAUUUGCGCUCUUUUGUCCUUGUUUUUGUGCCAAAAUCGAUCCAUUUCUUGCUCUUCUAGUCGAGUUUGAUGCCGGGUUGAUGCUUUUUGAUGUUUUGCAUUGUUGAAGGGGUUUGCUUGCUUGUUUCGUAGUGAUUCGUAGUGAUUUUCGGUCCACGAUUGAGGUUUUCGUGGUUUAGAUGAUCUUUUGUGAAGCGAGAUCCUUGCUUCUUUGUCUUAUUUUGUUUUUUUGGGGUGUGGAUUGGAGUUUGUGUGUAUAUGAAUUGGAGUCGGAGGUUAGUUUUUUUGAUUUGAUCCGAACUCGGAGGAAAAACGGUCAAAGUCGCCUUUUUUAGGAGUUGUAAAGAAGGAAUUUGAUGUUCUCUUGAGCGAUUGUUGGAGGGCAUAAGAAGCAGAGGAUUUUGGUUUUGUAGUGUUUGUAUUAGUAAUAGUAGGAAGAAGAAUGGUGAGCAGCUCCUUGUUUCACUGUAGAAAGCAUUCAUGGCCUCCGGAUGAAUAUGUUAGCAGGGCCACGUUGCAGUUGUUGGACUUUGAUGGUGCUGCUCCACCAGAGCAGGCAUGGAGAAGGAGGCUGAACAGUCAUGCUAACAGACUGAAAGAAUUUAGUGUGACGUUUAUGGAGGCGAUGAGAAUGUUGGGUCUCGGAGUUCGGCUGUGGUCAUAUGUCAGGGAAGAAGCUUCUUAUGGCAGGAAAGCACCCAUUGAUCCUUUCACUCGGGAAAGAUGCAAACCCUCAGCCUCACAAGGAGUUCCUCUUGGAGGAAUGGGAAGUGGCAGCAUAUCUAGAGGGUUUAGAGGGGAGUUUAAGCAUUGGCAAAUUAUUCCUGGUUUGUGCGAAAUGUCACCUGUUAUGGCAAACCAAUUCUCGAUUUUCAUAUCUCGAGAUGGAGGAAACAAAAAAUAUUCGUCUGUUUUAGCACCUGGCCAUCAUGAAGGGAUAAAGUAGUUUGGUGAUAAGGGCAUAUCUUCUUGGGAUUGGAAUUUAAGUGGCCAGCAUUCCACUUACCAUGCUUUGUUUCCAAGGGCAUGGACUAUCUAUGAUGGUGAACCGGACCCAGAGCUGAAAAUUUCAUGUCGUCAAAUAUCACCAUUCAUACCUCAUGAUUACAAGGAGAGCAGUCUUCCCACUUGUGUCUUUGUUUACACUCUAGUAAAUACUGGGAGGGAAAGGGCAAAAGUCAGCUUGUUGUUUACCUGGGCGAAUUCCAUUGGAGGAGUCUCACACCAAACUGGAGAUCAUGUCAAUGAGCCAUUCAUUGGAGAAGAUGGAGUGUAUGGGGUGCUUCUACAUCACAAGACUGCCAAAGAUAAUCCUCCUGUUACUUUUGCUAUCGCUGCAUGUGAAACCCAGAAUGUUAAUGUGACAGUAUUACCCUGUUUUGGGAUGUCUGGAGAAACUUCUGUUACUGCAAGUGAUAUGUGGAACACUAUGGUGCAGGAUGGGCAAUUUGAUCGUGCAAAUUUUAAUGCUGGGUGUAGUAUGCCAUCUUUGCCUGGCGAGACACUCUGCGCGGCAGUUUCAGCCUCUGCUUGGGUUGAACCUCAUGGAAGGUGCACUGUUGCGUUUGCUUUGGCCUGGUCUUCACCUAAAGUAAAGUUUCAGAAGGGAUGCACUUAUCACAGGAGAUACACAAAAUUUUAUGGAACUUCUGAAAGUUCAGCUAUUAAUCUGGCACAUGAUGCAUUGAUGAGAUAUAAGUGGUGGGAAGAAGAGAUUGAGAAAUGGCAAAAUCCUAUACUCAAGAAUGAAAACCUUCCAGAGUGGUACAAGUUUACUCUUUUCAAUGAGCUUUACUUUCUGGUUGCGGGCGGAACAAUUUGGACAGAUGGUGAACCACCAGCCGCGGAGGAUAGAUCAAACAACGGCUCGCAUCAUAAAUCAACCAAGAAAGAUGGAAGAUCAGGGAUCAACAAAAAAUAGCCGUUUGGAUCUAGUUGCAGGGCAUGCCACUGCAUAUAGUGUAGAAAAUGAUGAUGAAAGAGUCCCUACAGUACCUCUUUUCGAAACAAUAGGUCGACAUUAACUCAGGACUACCAUCCUUUUCUUAAUCCACCGUCUGGUGAUGAAAAUGUCGGGAAGUUCUUGUACUUGGAAGGAGUGGAGUAUAUCAUGUGGUGCACAUAUGAUGUGCACUUCUACGCAUCAUUUGCCCUUCUCGAUCUCUUCCCCAAAAUUGAAUUGUCCAUCCAGCGUGAUUUUGCAAGAGCUGUGUUGUAUGAGGAUAGAAGAAAAGUUAAGUUCCUCGCUGAUGGUAGGUGGGGUAUUCGGAAAGUGAGAGGCGCCGUUCCUCAUGACUUAGGAACACAUGAUCCUUGGCAAGAAAUGAAUGCAUACAAUAUUCACGAUACAAGUCGAUGGAAGGAUCUUAACCCGAAGUUUGUCCUUCAAAUAUAUAGAGAUUUUGCUGCCACUGGUGACAUGUCUUUCGGACGGGAAGUUUGGCCGGCAGUUUGUGCUGCUAUCGAUUACAUGGAACAGUUUGAUCAAGAUGAAGAUGGUCUCAUUGAGAAUGAUGGUUUCCCUGAUCAAACCUAUGAUGCUUGGACGGUUCAUGGGAUCAGUGCUUAUUGUGGAUGUCUAUGGCUUGCUGCACUUCAAGCUGCCGCAGCUAUGGGUCAACGACUCGGAGAUCAUGCCUAUGCUGAAAAAUGUAAGAUUAAAUUCCUCAAAGCCAAAGCUGUAUUCGAAACCAAACUAUGGAAUGGUUCAUACUUUAAUUAUGAUAGUGGGACAAGCAGCAACAGUCGAUCUAUUCAGGCAGAUCAGCUAGCAGGGCAAUGGUAUGUGGCAUCCUCCGGGUUGCCCUCACUUUUUGAUGAGUCUAAAGUCCGAAGCACUCUUCAAAAGAUAUUCGAGUUCAAUGUAAUGAAAGUGAAAGGAGGACGAAUGGGAGCCGUCAACGGAAUGCAUCCUAACGGAAAGGUUGAUGAGUCCUGCAUGCAAUCCCGGGAGAUUUGGACGGGCGUGACCUAUAGUGUCGCCGCCAACAUGCUUCUUGCUGGGAUGGAGCAUCAGGCAUUUACUACUGCUGAAGGUAUUUUUACCUCAGGCUGGUCUGAAGAAGGAUUCGGGUACUGGUUUCAAACUCCGGAGGGAUGGACAACAGAUGGGCAUUAUCGGUCCUUGAUUUAUAUGCGUCCUCUCGCAAUCUGGGCAAUGCAAUGGGCAUUGUCACCUCCCAAGGCAAUACUCGAAGCUCCGAAAAUAAACAUGAUGGAUAGGAUAUAUGAUUCACCGUUCGCCUUAAGAGCUCUAAAUGAAACCGGAGUACGAAAAAUCGCACCCUAAGAGCAGUUGCUUUAGUAAUACUGUUUUUUUCCACUGCGACUGCUGAUUAAUUCUCAGUAGUCUUUACCUAACCUUUUCUUUCGCCUCCAUUAACCCUUUGAAGAAAAA